AUGAGAAGGCACCGUGAGUUUUACAGUUCUUUGGCAUAUUAUAUUUUUCCAGAUUUCACAUGGCCUUUUUAGUGCAAAUUACAGCAUAGUCAGUGAGGGAAUUUCAAGCACCACAAGCCUGUGACUUUACUGCCACUGUUAUAGUCAAAUCAGAUUGCUCAAAUCAAAACCGUAUUUAUCUCUUUUACGUAUUUAUCUCUUUUACUCUUCUAGCGGCCUCCAGUUUCAGUUUCUGCCGGCCUGCUGUGGAGUACAGAGCGCUGCCGGAGGACUUCAACCACGUGAGUCAACGGACGGGAGGGAACCUGACUUGGCAUGACGGGCGUGGACAGAAAACAGCAGGGGGCCGGACAGUGAAGCUGCUCCAACAGCCUGGGACAGAGAGAUAUCAGGUAGAAUACCUCAACUAUUCCAGAUCUCUAUUUUCUGCAUAUCAGAUCAUAAUCACAGAUCAGAUGUGAAAAAUGACCCCAUUUCUGUAGUGCUUUACAGCCAUGAUGGCAAUGGCUGCCUUUUUAUGCCAUAUCUGCUUCUAGUCAUCCACCACAUCUCUAAUUCUAGAUGCACGUGUAAAUAGGAAAAGGAAAGAGCUUCAUAGGUUUUCAUUCCUCUCAGAUCAAUCUUUUUCAAUUAUUAAUUGAAGUGUAUGUAAGCUUCUCUCUGGCCCUCUGUAAUUUACCAACACAAAAGCUUCUAUCUUCACAAAGACAAAAUGAAAAUAUUAUCUGACAAGCAGCACUUUGUUUAUGGAGAAUGGAAGAUGCUGUUUACCCGGAGGGCUACGGGGCACUCAGCCAGUCCAGACUUUUAAAAUGGUUUUAAAUAGAACUGCUGGCCUUCCUAUAUACAGAAGCACCAGCCCUUGUCUGUUGACUGAGAGCUAAAAUGUGCAUUAUAAACUGGGUGAUUGGCUGACAGCCGUUGUAUAUCAGACCGUAUACCACCGGUAUGACAAAACAUGAAUUUUUACUGCCCUAAUUACGUUGGUAACCAGUUUGUAAUAGCAAUAAGGCACCUCAGAGGUUGGUGGUAUAUGGCCAAUAUACCAAGGCUAAGGGCUGUAUCCAGGCACUCUGUAUUGCGUCGUGCGUAAGAACAGCCCUUAGCCAUAUUGGCCAUAUACCACACCCCCUCGGGCCUUAUUGCUUAAAUAUACUGUAUGACAUCUAAUAGCUGUGGUGAACCUUACAGUAUGUGCUCUGGCAGAUAUGUUUUAUAAUAAAGCAUGUCUAUCUAUUUAUUUUUGUGUGAACUGGGCCAUAGCUCUACUAUUUGGAGAAGGGGGGGGGGGGGGGGGGGGGGGGGGGUUCAUGGUUCCCGUUUCCCGGUGCCUGGUUCAAUUAAUGGUAUCUGAUAUAUUAUGGUAUUCCCUUCACGUGGUAUUACAGCGCAGUGAACCUUUUGUGUUUUUUAAAUUGACUUUGAAAUCACGUUGUCACGGAUCCCCCCGGUACUGCUGCUCAUCCGUUCACCAGUUCCGGAGGUUGACGUCACCGGCUUUCUAGGCGUCACUGACAUGGAUCAUUACCACCAACCCCGGACUGUCUUGUCUCAUUACGCACACCUGGUUCCCAUUCCCCCUGAUUAGUAUGUGUAUAGAUGUGCCCUCUGUUCCCCAUUGCACUUGUUGAUUAUCCGUUGGUCUCGUGAGUACGGUGUAUAGUGCGCUUGUUGUUUACGGGUCUCAUAUUGUGAAGCGGUUACACUUCGCUCUUUGUUUGGGUUACAUCCCUUUUGUAUAUAUAUACGUGUUGGGUGGAGUAAAUAAAACCCCUAAUUUGUAUUCCUGUGCCUGUCUUCAAAUCAUUAUACAACGUGACACACGUUAUUGCAAUUUCAACGUCCCUGAUGUUUUUUUUUAACCAAUGAAUGAAGGAAUCGCUGCUAUACAUUGUGGUUUCUGAGUACCCUACACAUUUGGGUUGAUGACAGAGAUAUUUCCCUUCCUGUUCCAUGCAUAGGCUUCAUGCUUUGUGUCUUUCAUGAUCACUGCAAUGCAUUACAGAAUCUUGUAUCAUGAAUGUCUGUGAUGAAAAAUGCAGGGAGAGAGCUUGUUUGUUUUUGUUUGUUGAUGGCCAAAUUCAGGCAAAGGGGGGUAACACUAGCAUGUUGAGUUCAAACCUUUUGAACUUUAAGUGGGGCUGCUCUACACUGGAGAAGAAGAUUAGAGCAGAAAAGGAGAGAACACUGCAUUCAUUGAUUUUUAAAUUGAAUGAAUGAUCAAAGGCUUCAUUUGAUUAGUCACCCACAUCCUGCUCAGAUUCCAAUUGUAGGAAUUUGGUAUUGGGAUAAGACUGACCCACAUGCACCCUGGUUUGAUGCUGAUGCUCAUUGCUCACAGAACUAUGUUCCCUGAUCUUCUAGUUUCAGAUGUAUGUAUGCGUUUGAUCUGCAGUGGGACUUUUAUAUGAUAGGCUUCAUUAGUAAUGGGUUUAGCGUGCAUGUAUGCUAAUGUUAGAGCAAUGACAUUACCAUCGGGCAGGCGGUAUCGGAACAUGAGGUCUGAUACCAACAGACUCAGAGACAGUUUCUAUCAACAAGUCAUCAGACUGCUGAACACUUGAACUGGACUGACCAGCUGCUCUGAUUCUCCGCACCUUAGCACACAGGCACUCACUCAUGCACACACCCAUACAGUACACAUACACUACAUUACCAAAAGUAUGUGGACACUUGCUCGUCGAACAUCUCAUUCCAAAAUCAUGGGCAUUAAUAUGGAGUUGAUCUCCCCUUUGCUGCUAUAACAGCCUCCACUCUUCUGGGAAGGAUUUCCACUAGAUGUUGGAACAUUGCUGCGUGGACUUCAUUCCAUUCAGCCACAAGAGCAUUAAUGAGGUCGGGUACUAAUGUUGGGCGAUUAGGCCUGGCUCGCAGUCAGCGUUCCAAUUCAUCCCAAAGGAGUUCGAUGGGGUUGAGAUCAGGACUCUGUGCAGGCCAGUCAAGUUCUUCCACACUGAUCUCGACAAACCAUUUCUGUAUAGACCUCGCUUUGUGCACGGGGGCAUUGUCAUGCUGAAACAGGAAUGGGCCUUUCCCAAAUUGUUGCCACAAAGUUGGAAGCAUAGAAUAGUCUAGAACGUCAUUGUAUGCUGUAGCGUUAAGAUUUCCCUUCACUGGAACUAAGGGGCCUGAACCAUGAAAAACAGCCCCAGACAAUUAUUCCUCCUCCACCAAACUUUACUGUUGGCACGAUGCAUUUGGGCAGGUAGCGCUCUCCUGGCAUCUGCAAAACCCACAUUCAUCCGUCGGACUGCCAGAUGGUGAAGUGUGAUUCAUCACUCCAGAGAAUUUGUUUCCACUGCUCCAGAGUCCAAUGGCGAUGAGCUUUACACCACUCCAGCCGACGCUUGGCAUUGCUCAUGGUGAUCUUAGGCUUGUGUGCGGCUGCACAGCCAUGGAAACCCAUUUCAGUUCUUAUGCUGACGUUGCUUCCAGAGGCAGUUUGGAACUCGGUAGUGAGUGUUGCAACCGAGGACAGAUGAUUUUUACACGUUACGUGCUUCAGCACUCGGCGGUCCCGUUCUGUAAGCUUGUGUGACCUACCACUUCGGGCUGAGCCGUUGUUGCUCCUAGACGUUUCCGCUUCACAAUAAAAGCACUUACAGUUGACCGGGGCAGCUGUAGCAGGGCAGAAAUUUGAUGAACUGACUUGUUGGAAAGGUGGCAUCCUAUGACGGUGCCACGUUGAAAGUCACUGAGCCCUUCAGUACGUGCCAUUCUACUGCCACUGUUUGUCUAUGGAGAUUGCAUUGCUGUGUGCUCGAUUUUAUAUACCUAUCAGCAACGGGUGUGGCUGAAAUAGCCGAAUCCACUAAUUUGAAUGGGUGUCCACAUACUUUAGUGUAUAUUCAUGCUAUACACAUCAAAACUGCUGCUACCAGACUCUUAUUAUACUGUUCAAUUUAAACACAUUGCCCCCAAAUCCCCCCUUCCCCAAAACACGUGUAAAUAUUGGACUAUAAAUUGUGCCUUCCUGUAUUAUACUGAUGCUAAAAUGUUUCUACUGAGCCAUUUACUUUAUGUUUGUAUUCUUAUAUUUUAUUAUUUAUUAUUGUUGCAUUGUCAAGAAGGAACCUGCAAGUAAGCAUUUUGUUGGUUGAUGUAUACCAUACGUAUCCCGUACAUAUGGCUAAUAAAAUGUGAAACUUGACACCCGCUGCUGCUUGGUGUGUGUCUGUGUGUGUGUGUACAGUAACCAAGGCUAAUUAGCUUUUGCAUUACUUUUCCAGAAGUGCAGUGGUUGUAGAGAUAUGCUAAAGUGGUAUGACCUGGAGUUAAGUAAAGGAAAGUCACUCCCAUCACUUCAUUCUUGGCAACUGCAUUGUCAUGCAUCAUAUCUGUGUGGCUAAGAUCAUGAAAGUGGUCCUUGGUGACCAGAAGAUAGAAAGACCUCUGGGUGUUUGAACAGAUUUCUUGAUGGAUGUGCUUGUCUAGCUGACGUGGUGGGGUUGUCAUCCCUUGGGGCACUCAAGGUUAAAACACAGCACUUAAAUGGGAGGGGAGGGGUCUGAGAGAUAAUGGAAGCAGUAGAGGGCCAGAAAGGAAAUACGGCAUUGCAGAAAUAAAAUGUUUGGUGUGUGUGUGCUUGGGUGUAUUUCAGCGCCGUUCAGGCGACUCCUAUGGAAUCUACCACACCAGCCCCACCCAGCCUAGUCUGAUCCGGCCCGUGGUGUUAUGGACUCAGCAGGACGUCUGCAGGUGGUUGAAGAAACACUGUCCUCACAACUACCUGACCUAUGUCGAAGCCUUCUCUCAUCACGCCAUCACAGGUAUCAACCAGGACAAGUGUAUUACUGGCAUAAAGAACAUCAUUCAUAAUCACAGAAUCAGAGGAAAAUACAGUUGGUCCGAGUAGAUACAAGUGCACUAGCACCAAAAUCAUAAUUUACAAUCAUAACAUGAGACUGAAAUACAGUAAGCGUGGAUGGCUGGCAGAGUUUAAUCACUAUGCUUGUAGUAUUCUUUACCCAAUACAGGUAUCAAAGGGUACAAGUGCACUAGCACAAAAACAUUCAUUAAUAAUUAUGCAAUGAGAGUGGAAUACAGCAGGUGUGGGUGGAUACAAGUGCACUAGCAGAAAAAACAAAAUUCAUCAUGAGAAAAUGCUAGUAAAAUACACAAUAGUGUGGGUGUGUAUGAGUAGUGACAGUUGAAUCACUUAAUGACAAGCCUCCUCUCUCUGUUCCCUGUCAGGCCGUGCUCUGUUGCGUCUGAAUGGAGAGAAGCUGGAGAGGAUGGGCUUGGUUCAGGAGACACUGAGGCAGGAGCUCCUACAGCAGGUGCUUCAACUGCAUGUGCAAGAGGAGGGAAGAAACCUGCAGCUCCUUAGCAGAGGUGUGAGUGUGUGUGUGUGUGUGUGUGCUUGUGUGUGCGUGUGUGGAAAUUACAGUUAACGUUUGAAUUCAAUUCUAACAGUUCCUAUUUUCUCUCCUUGCCUUUCUUUUGUACCAGGUGGCUCCUUUGGAAAUCUGUCGUAACAUAACACUCCAUUUCUGACUGGGUUGUUUACAGUGAAAACUGGAAAAAAUUAUAGAGCACUUCAACCAUGUACAAGCUGGGAGGCUGUACACCAGUCAGAAACUAGGACUGCAAUGUGAACCACAUGGAAACUACUAACUCUGAUGAGGACACAUGGGAUGAUCACAUGCAACAUCCAACUCAGACAGAACCGGGGGAGUUGGAACACUCCCAAAUAUACAUACAGUACUGUGAUCAAUAGAGCACAGUCCUAACUUUGAAAAGUUAGAUAUCGGUUUUCCAUCAACCAAAGGGACAGACGGACUAUACAGUUCUAUCUGUAGUUUGAAAUGAAAGGACGUUAUUAAAGGCUUCAUGUCAGAUUGGUUGUUUUUGUCUUGUAGCCCAUUUUUAUGUUAUUUUAUGUUUUAACCAUACAACUGUGCAAGGUAUGU